AUGCUAAUGAUCCGGCUUCUGAGGUUCCUCCGCGAGGAGUACGACGAUUGGGAUGAUGAAGAUGAGGAUGACUACUUUGACUUCACGAUGGAUGAUGAGCCCUGGGAUUCUGUCCCAUGGGAUUCGGAGUUCGACGAUUAUUUUGCUGAUGCCCAUGAAGAGACGCAGUACGGGAACUUCCGGCGUGACCUGGUUGGAUUUGCAAGGAGUUGA